AAAAGUCCGCGAAACUUCCUCUGGGCUGCACUUGAGUUAGAAAAAAAUUCCCAGCGCAGAAGUAGAGUCGAACCCCCCACCAAAAAAAAGGAAAGAUUUGGCGUGCGUGAGGAAUUGCACACCGGUUAGCGUAAGGGAACUAGCAGUUACUUUCCACAUCACAGCUGGUUUUACUCCAGUACGUGCAGGAGCUAAAAUUGUGACUUUUUGUUUAAAAAUACGAAUUUGUGCAAGUGAAUUUGUUUUUUGAAAAACAAUAUUUAAUUAUUUAUUCGAGGCAAGGUAGGUGUUCGGGAGUGAUGCCUUCUACUGCAAUAAGGAUAGGGGAAAUUUUGUAUUUUUUGAAACAAAAGCUGAUAUUCAAACUGAAGAUUUGACCUCAAGAGUUUUUCCUUAAAAUAGAUUUUUGCAGUUUUUUUUAAAAUCUGGAGCUGGCUGCUUUAUUUCUGCAUAAACUCCGAUCGGCUGUAAUUCUCUGCAAGUACUCCUUGCACAGACGAUGAAGCACUGACUUUAUCCUGAAGACUUGAACAUUGAGACAGAACAGACUGUAGACCACACACACGGGGCCAAGUGAGCUUAAAAUACUACAGGAGCAAGGCAACUCCAACGUCGCAGUAUCAAAGAUGCGUUGUAAAAACUUGACCUCCAUCCUGCGGAUCGUGGGGACAACUCUAUUUGGUCUUGCUCUUUUGCUGGGAAUAGCAGCUGCUUACAUUGUAGGAUAUCAGUUCAUAGCCACAGACAAUUAUUACUUUUCCUUUGGACUCUAUGGAGCAAUCCUAGCUCUGCAUCUCCUGAUUCAAAGCCUCUUUGCAUUCUUGGAGCACCGGAAAAUGAAGCGAUCCCUGGAAACCCCCAUCAAAUUAAACAAAUCGGUAGCUCUGUGCAUUGCUGCCUACCAAGAGGAUCCAGAUUACCUAAGGAAGUGUUUGCUGUCUGUCAAAAGGCUGACCUACCCAGGGAUGAAUGUCAUCAUGGUAAUAGAUGGGAACAGUGAAGACGAUCUGUACAUGAUGGACAUUUUUGGUGAGGUCAUGGGGAGGGAGCGAUCAGCCAGCUUUGUAUGGAAGAGCAACUUCCACGAGAAGGGCCCAGGUGAAAGUGACGAGUCCCAUGGGGAGAGCAUGCAAUAUCUCACAAGGCUGAUCAGGUCUAACAAGAGCGUAUGUGUAAUGCAGAAGUGGGGAGGCAAGCGAGAAGUGAUGUACACUGCAUUCAAGGCACUGGGACGCACUGUGGAUUAUGUGCAAGUGUGCGACUCAGAUACAAUGCUAGAUCCUGCAGCAACUGUGGAGAUGGUUAAAAUUCUGGAGGAAGAUCCAAUGGUUGGAGGGGUUGGUGGUGAUGUUCAGAUCCUCAACAAAUAUGACUCCUGGAUUUCAUUCCUUAGUAGCGUCAGGUAUUGGAUGGCGUUUAACAUUGAAAGAGCCUGUCAGUCCUACUUUGGCUGUGUUCAGUGCAUUAGUGGUCCCUUAGGCAUGUACAGAAAUGACUUACUCCAUGAAUUUAUGGAGGACUGGUACAACCAGAAGUUCCUGGGUUCGCAGUGCAGCUUUGGGGAUGACAGGCACUUGACAAACCGUGUCCUCAGUCUAGGAUAUGCCACAAAAUACACAGCGAGAUCGAAAUGCCUGACUGAAACCCCGACACAAUACCUGAGGUGGUUAAACCAGCAGACCCGCUGGAGUAAAUCCUAUUUCAGGGAAUGGCUGUACAACGCCCUGUGGUUCCACAAGCAUCAUUUGUGGAUGACGUACGAAGCAGUAAUCACUGGAUUCUUCCCUUUCUUCCUCAUAGCCACUGUCAUCCAACUUUUUUACCGGGGAAGGAUUUGGAAUAUUCUUCUGUUUCUCCUCACUGUCCAGCUCGUGGGUCUCAUCAAGUCUUCUUUUGCGAGCUGCCUUCGGGGCAACAUUGUGAUGAUCUUCAUGUCUCUUUACUCAGUACUGUACAUGUCCAGCUUACUGCCAGCAAAGAUGUUUGCAAUCGCCACCAUAAACAAAGCGGGCUGGGGGACUUCAGGAAGGAAGACCAUUGUGGUGAAUUUCAUUGGGCUGAUCCCUGUCUCGGUGUGGUUCAGCAUACUCCUGGGAGGAGUCAUGUAUACGAUAUACAACGAGACCCGAGAUCCCUUCUCUGAUUCUGAGCAGACGGUUCUCAUUAUUGGGGCAAUCCUGUAUGCCUGCUACUGGGUCUUGCUGUUAACUCUGUACGUCGUGCUUAUCACCAAAUGCUGCCGGCGGAGAAGCGAGCAGCAGUAUGACAUGGUUCUCAACGUAUGAUGUUUACAUGCACAUGUACCAUUAAGACACAUCACAAAGUCUCGAGCAUCUGGUGGCAUUAACAGGUGGAUGUCACCAAAGGAUAUGAAUCAUUGCUGCUGUCACUUCAAAGAAAUGCAAUAAGAAUUCAUAUGGUUGUGCCAAAGAAACGAAAGUACCUUUGAUCUACCAUACAAUUCAGGCUGAAGGAACCAAUCUGUGUGGAACAAUUGUAACCAUUUUGAUGUCUGCACUUUUUUUUCUUUCAUUGGGCAAAAUGCUUGAUGGUGUCUCAGAAUACCUCACCGGCAGUGCUUGCGGAUGGCAGGGUGAACCUUAACAUUUGAACUCUUGAAACAAUCCUCCUGCCCACCCCUUUCUUCAACCUCAGCUGAUGUCUCUUUGAACCAAGCCAUAUUGACUGUGUGCAAGUAAAUGGGGCCUGACUUUACUUCCUCCUUCACAACUAUUGGCUUUCAGGCCUGGAAGUUGACUUUUUUUUAAUGUAUGUUUUUCAGAACAUAGGCUGACGCUGUAGUAUUUUGUGUAAGUUUACCUAUAUUUGUAUUUUCACAGGAACCAGCAGACUGAAUUCUGCUUAUCUUAAUGAUUGUUUGUUUCUAUUUUAAUAAUCAAACCAAAGAUUUAUUGUCAUUAUUAAACUUUUCCUUGAGUGACUUAUGUGAAUAUGUGAAUGAAAAUGUGAACUGUUUUAUACCAAUGAUAAUUUUGACGUACUGCAGUAAGAAAUGUCCAGUGUCAACAAGAGAAUAAUGGGCCUUGGAUAUGGUCUAAAGUGGAAUUAGAGAACAUUUUUGUGACUGAUCUGUCUCUUGGUUUUUUGCUCUUAAUGGGGCUAUUAGAGAGAGAUCAGUGCCAGGUUCUGUGAUAGAUUUCAAGCUAGGCAAUUGAAAUUAAUAUCCCACUAUUAACUGCCACUUGGCAUUAACUGUUCCAAGUGGGAUGGGUUUAAUCGGAUCUUGGCUAGACUGCAGAGUGUUACAUGGGGGUUUCAGCUCUCCCAACGUGUCAAGGAAUGAGAAAAGGGGAUGUGGGGAAGAAUCAAAAUUGUUUUCCUUCACACUGUUGCAAGUGUGAGUUUAUAAUGGGAAAGAUGUUGUAGCCUUAGUCUGUUUCAAUAUACCCUUGUCUGCUGAGGUUAAGUGUAAAUGCAAAAGCAAAAAUCCUGUGGGCCAACCUAAUACCAAUCUUGACAAAGUGAUUCUUCUUUGCCAACGUCUUGAAAAAUAUGAAUGGAUUUAUAUGGAUUGUUGUGGAAUAAUCCCAUACCACUAUGAGAAAGAAAGCGUUAGUUUAGAAAAAAAUGUUCUAUGAUAUAUGGCAAGACAAUACAGUCAAUAGCCAUGGUGCCAGCUGUAGUCCCCUCAACUUCUGUGUGACGACUUGACAUUUCUACAGCACAUUUAUGGGUGUAACACACAUAAUAGCAACUGAAAAUAUUAAAUGCUGAUGACAACAUUGCAAUGCUGUUGUUAAAGAAACAUGAGAUUCUCAUGCUUGUCUCUAGAAGUAAAAAAGUUUGUGAACAUACUGUCAUAAGCGAACAAGACACUCUAGUAAGAGGUGGAAUCCAUGGGUUUAUAUCUGGGAUUAUGAGUAACUAUAUUGCGUCUGCUAGACGUUGAAAUUUUGUUUACAUUUCCUGGGUAGAAUUGACUUCAUUUUCUGAAGUAAAUAGAAUGAGUGGUAACUUUCUUGAUAUAUUCAGCAUUAUUACGUUUCUUUUUAGAAGAUAAUUUUUGACAUGAUAUUGCAAAUAAUAACCAAAAGUGUACAUGCAAGUCAUUAAAUCUCUUAAAUUUGCAAACAUCUGAAAGUCUUACGUAGCCUAUAUCAUCCACUGUAGAAUGUUAACCCAGCUGCCUGUAUUUAUUUAAGCAAUAUUGCAACAUAUUCCAAAAUACAGAUUGUAAUAGAUAAAGUUAUGAUUCCUACAUGAAUAAAUAUU